GAAACCGUGCUCAUUAACUACUGUGACAAUAAACCAAAAGUUGCCAAAUCGAAAAUCCUGAAAAUCGUUGACAAAAUAAGAAAACCAACGUUGAGCCAGUGAAGUAAACCAUCUGAAAUCCGCACGGUUCGCGAGCAGCUCUCCCGGUGGAGCUAUGAUGACCACGACGACCUCGCAGCACCACCAGCACCACCCAAUCAUGCCGCCAGCCAUGCGCCCCGCCCCCGUUCAGGAGAGUCCUGUCUCACGCCCCCGCGCCGUCUACAGCAUCGAUCAGAUCCUGGGAAAUCAGCACCAGAUCAAGCGCAGUGAUACUCCCAGCGAAGUGCUGAUUACGCAUCCCCACCACGGCCAUCCGCAUCACAUCCAUCAUUUGCACAGCAGCAACAGCAACAGCAACGGCAGCAAUCACUUGUCGCAUCAGCAGCAGCAGCAGCAGCAGCAGCAACACCACUCGCAACAGCAACACCAUUCGCAGCAGCAGCAACAAUUGCAGGUUCAGGCGAAGCGAGAGGACUCCCCAACGAACACGGACGGCGGCCUGGAUGUGGAUAACGACGACGAGCUGUCCUCCAGUCUGAACAAUGGCCAUGAUCUCAGCGAUAUGGAGAGGCCGCGAAAAGUUCGAAGAUCUCGCACAACAUUUACAACAUUUCAAUUGCAUCAGCUGGAGCGAGCCUUCGAGAAGACCCAGUAUCCCGAUGUUUUCACAAGGGAGGAUCUGGCCAUGCGAUUGGAUUUGAGCGAAGCACGCGUGCAGGUGUGGUUCCAGAACCGUCGGGCUAAAUGGCGCAAACGUGAGAAGUUUAUGAAUCAGGACAAGGCCGGUUACCUGCUGCCCGAACAAGGUCUGCCGGAGUUUCCGCUGGGCAUUCCCCUGCCGCCACAUGGACUUCCGGGCCAUCCGGGCGCGAUGCAGUCGGAGUUCUGGCCGCCGCACUUUGCCCUCCACCAGCACUUCAAUCCCGCUGCAGCCGCUGCCGCCGGCCUGCUGCCCCAGCACCUGAUGGCGCCCCACUACAAGCUGCCCAACUUCCACACCCUGCUCUCCCAGUACAUGGGCCUGAGCAAUCUGAAUGGGAUCUUUGGCGCGGGAGCAGCUGCAGCGGCGGCAGCAGCCUCCGCGGGCUAUCCGCAGAACCUGUCGCUGCACGCCGGUCUCUCGGCGAUGAGCCAGGUGAGCCCGCCCUGCAGCAACAGCAGUCCGCGCGAGAGUCCCAAGCUAGUGCCUCAUCCCACGCCGCCCCAUGCCACGCCCCCAGCGGGCGGCAGCGGGGGCGGCGGUCUGCUCACGGGCGGACUGAUCUCGACGGCCGCCCAAUCGCCCAGCAGUGCGGCAGGAGCCAGCAGCAACGCCUCCACUCCCGUUUCCGUGGUCACCAAGGGCGAGGACUGA